CAGCUUUUUUACAUUCCAGAACGUUCGAGAUUUGGCUACAGGACGAUGCCGGACAAUCGAUGACGAAGAAAGCCUACCAGUCGGUGUUACAGUGGAUCUCGGUGCGACUCAAGACGCGGAAACCAUGCUAAAGAUGGAGAGGGCGCCGAUGAUGGCAUCGGCGACGACGCCGACCCCUCCAUCCCACCUCCGACAUAUUCUCCCCGCUUAACUUCUCAAUUCGAACUUGAGCAUACGCAAAAGUUUUCGUAGUUACUCAACUCAGCAAUCAACUUCUCAAAAUGUCUCUCGGUAGGAAAGUUACUUUGAACAGCGGCAACGCCAUCCCUCAAUUGGGCUUUGGUACCUGGCAAGCUGAGCCUGGCCAGGUUGGCGCUGCCGUCCUCGAAGCUCUCAAGGUCGGCUACCGCCACCUCGACCUUGCUAAGGUCUAUGGCAACCAAAAAGAGAUCGCGGAAGCUCUCAAGAAGGCCUUUGGCGGCGAAGUUCCUGGUCUCAAGCGCGAAGACGUCUUCAUCACCUCCAAGCUCUGGAACUCCCAGCACCGCCCAAAGGAUGUACCAGCAGCUCUAGACGACUGCUUGGCCGAGCUCGGUCUCGACUACCUCGAUCUGUAUCUUGUCCAUUUCCCCGUCGCCUUUGAUGAGCGCACCGACCCAAACAACAGCCUCUUCCCCUUACAAGACAAGUCGGAUCACCCCGACGGUGACGUCAAGAUCCUCGAUGAUGUUUCUAUUGUGGAUACAUGGAAGGCGAUGACACAACUGCCUAAGGAGAAGGCACGCGCUGUUGGCGUGUCGAACCACACAAAGGAGCACUUGCAGGCUCUGAUCGAUGGCACUGGCGUUACCCCGGCUGCGAAUCAGAUCGAACGCCACCCACGACUUCUCCAGCCAGAGCUUAUUCAGUUCUGCAAGGAAAAGAACAUCCACAUAACUGAAUACUCCGCCUUCGGCAACAACAUGCUCGGUCUUCCCCUACUUGUUCAGCACGAUACCGUCAAAGAGGUCGCCAGCCGUAUUGGCGCUACUCCUGCGCAGGUUAUCCUUGCCUGGGCACAGGUGGGCGGACAUAGCGUCAUCCCCAAGUCGGUCACCGCAUCGCGUAUCCAGGAAAACUUCAAGGAGGUAGAGCUCUCCAAGGAGGACUUUGAGAAGAUUGAGGGCAUCGGCAAGAAGGAGCCGCGCCGCUUCAACAUCCCCUACACUGCCAACAAGCCUCGAUGGCCGGUCAACAUCUUCGGUGAGCCCGACGAGCUGAAGGCUCCCCACAAGGUUAUCGUUUAAAAACUAGAUGUAUGGCAAUAGAAGUCACAAGGGCUUUUUUCCAUAUGCAUAGUAGCACCAAAAAAUAGAUUUCAAUUGUACACAUGGGGUACGCAACAAAAUCGAGUUUAACAGUUGGCUCUCAUCCGCGGAGCAAUUUCAUCUACAGCCGCCAUCAUGAUAAGACCUACGUCGCAGUUUCUAGAGCAAGAUAUCAAGC